AAGGAUUAUGUCGACGAAACGAAAGUGUAUGACAUUAGAGGAACGUGUUAAGUGUCUGAAACUAUUGGAAUUAGGAAAAAGUUCGCGUGUUGUGGCUAGUGAAAUAGGUGUUGGUCGUACUCAGGUUCAGAAUGUGCAAAAACGUAAACGUGAGAUUCUUGACGAAUAUGAGGCAAACGGUAACUUAAACGUGAAACGACCAAAGAGAGAUAUGGAAUAUGGCGAGGUUAACGAUCUUGUGUAUCGCUGGUUUUUGGACGCUAGUUCAAGGCUAGUUAAUGUAUCAGGUCCAAUGAUACAAGAAAAAGCUAAGGCAUUCGCUAAGGACUUAGGAUACAGUGAUUUCAAGGGAAGUAAUGGGUGGUUGGAUAGUUUUUUGAAAUGAAAUAACAUUGUGUUCAAAACACAAAGUGGUGAGCGUGGUGAAGUGAACAAUGACACAGUAAAACAAUGGAAAGAUACGAUUCCUGAUGUGUGUAGGGGCUAUGCUCCAUCAAAUAUCUUCAAUAUGGACGAAACUGGUCUGUUUUUCGAGACACGACCAAGUCUACAUAUUACUCGAACGGCGAUACAUGUUCUGGUGGCAAACGAUCGAAGCAGCGAAUCACAGUGGCCCUAUGCAGUUCUAUGACAGGAGAGAAACUGAGACCGCUUGUCAUUGGGAAGUCCAGAAAACCCCGAUGCUUUGGCCAGAUGUCCACAGAUUCCUUACCGGUGCGAUACGAAGCCAACAGCAAAGCAUGGAUGUUGACUCCGCUAAUGGAAGACUGGCUGAAAGAACUGGACAGAACAAUGCGUGCCAAAAAUCGCAAGAUUUUACUACUGUUGGACAAUGCUCCUGUCCAUCCUAAGGUCACAUUGGAGAAUGUGAAGCUGCAAUUCUUCCCAGCCAACACCACCUCAGCAUUACAGCCGAUGGAUGUUGGUAUCAUCCAAACCGUCAAGCUUAAGUACCGACAGAGACAACUCCAACAUGUUCUUCUGGAAAUGGAAAAGCAACCAACCAAACUCGGGCCCGAGAUUCUUAGAGAUAUCACGAUACUACAGGCCAUCUAUUGGAUAAACGCUGCGUGGCAGGAGGUAAGGGCAGACACCAUACAGAAGUGCUUCGCCAAGUGUGGAUUUACUGAGGCAAGUGUUAGUGAUGUUUGUGUUGUUAAUGACAGUGAGUGUGACACAGUGUUUGAUAUUGAAGACGAUUAUCCGCUUGCAGUACUGAAACUCUCAUCAGAACUCUUUGGAUGUGAAUUUAAGGAGCUUCUUGACAUAGACAAUCAAUUCUCAACGUGUGAUAAUAACUUACAAGAUUGGGAUAGGCCUGCUACUGAGAUUCUCAGGGAUUUAAGUGAUUGUAGAGCUGAUGAAUGUGAAAGUGACAAUGAACAAGAGGAUGUUCCAGCUGAGUCGAGUGUCAGCUCAACUGACGUUGCUCAAUAUCUUGAAAAGAUCAGACAAUAUGCAUUGUGUAAAAAUCAGCCAGCUAUGUUAGAUAAGGUUAUGGACUUAGAGGAUUUAUUUACGCGGCUGAAAGUAGAGAUGACAGACAAACAAACAAAGAUAAGUGACUUCUUUAAGAAGUAAAAUGUGAGCUAAGCAUAAAGACAGAUAUCAGUUGUGUUCAUUGUUCGGUGUUAAAAGGCAAAAUAGUUUGAAUUUUAAUAAUGUACAUGUACAUGUUUUAUGAUAUGGAUCUUUAUUGACAAACAUGUAGAGUAAAUUGAUGAAACUGUU